UCUUCACCCUUUUAUUCACGUUACGUCUCUGGUUGCCCUAAUCACAAACAAAAUCAGCUCCUUCCAACAUUCCAAGCUUGAAUGGGUACGUCUCGUCCGUGCCCUUCUCUCAAGUCAUUAUCAAACAAAUUUGGAGGAAUAUUACGAUUUUGCCAUUCAAGAAACAGGUAUGAAAGGUUAGAUAGUAAGCUUGAAAAGAAAAUGAUAGAGGUCAAACAAAGAAGUACAUCUGGAAAUAGCAAAUUCAGAUCUAUCAAUAGCAUAAUUCUCAGGUUCCCUCAAUUUAGAGAGGGAUUACAAGAGAUUAGAGACGUUUUUCGACAAUAUGAUGUUGAUUCGAAUGGAUUUAUCAAUCGUGAGGAGCUAAGAAAUUGCUUACAAGAAUUACAAUUUAACUACACAGAGCAAGAAAUUGAUGAUCUUUUUGAGUGUUGUGAUUUGAGUGGGAGAAAAGGCAUGAAAUUUAACGAGUUUAUUGUUGUAUUGUGCCUUAUUUAUCUCUUAGUGGGUACUGAUCCCUCCUCAAAUGAAACGGGAACAAAAUUUGGUUCUCCCGUGCUAAAAGCUACAUUUGAUACCAUAAUUGAAGCGUUCUUAUUUCUUGAUAAAAAUGGUGAUGGGAAACUGAACAAGAAGGACAUUAGCAAAGCUAUGAAUGAUCACUUCCCUUUGGAGAAAUCUCCAAUCCAUGUCACCACCACUCGUUUCAAAGAAAUGGACUGGAACAAGGAUGGGAAAGUUGGAUUCAGGGAGUUCCUUUUCUCUCUCACAAACUGGGUAGGAAUUGACUCGAAUGAAGAAGUUCAUGUAACACAAAUCUAAGAACAACAGUAACAAUGUUAGUUUGAUAUCGAUAUGUUCCUAUAUAUACACAUAAUAACUACGUGCUU